AUGACUAAAACAGUGUUGCUGAAAACGUUCAAGAGGCACGGACUUGUUCAAGUUAAUCCUAUGGGUGAAAAGUUCGAUCCCAAUUUGCAUGAGGCAGUGUUCCAAGUUCCUGCAGGGGAGGAUACGAAGGUCGAGCCUGGGCAUGUAAUGCAUGUUUCAAAAGUCGGAUAUUCUUUGAAAGAUCGGCCCAUUCGAGCUGCACAGAGUUCUUGGAAAAUGCCCGACGUGACGCACAACGCUGGUGCAUCCAAAGUGAUGAAAUGUCGCUCACGUUUACCCGUUGAUUGGCGUAAACCCAAAAUGCAUGAUGUUGAAAUGAACUCGACUUUUACUGUAAUGCCAUCCGACUCCGACGUUCCAGAGGAAAUCAGAGAAGUCCUGAACGAGGACAAGCUGACUAGUCGAAGCGUCAAACGCUAUGCUUGCGUAGAUGAAUGGAUUUCAAUAGCAAAAGAAUGCAAAUAUUUGCCCGAAGAGGAUAUGAUCUCACUUUGUAGUUGUCUUAUUGAUCGUCUUAUACGACAACCUAAUGUGGUUCCUGUUGAAACACCAGUAACCAUCUGUGGAGAUAUUCAUGGGCAGUUUUAUGACUUGUUGGAACUUUUUCGUACUGGUGGAGAAGCGCCAGCUACGAAGUAUGUUUUCAUGGGAGACUACGUCGAUCGAGGAUAUUAUAGCUUAGAAACCGCGAGCGAGGAGGGCUACUCUUCGCAUUGUUACUGA